UAAAAUGGCAAAAAGAUUCACCAAACCAAGUAUAAAUUGGACAGAAUUAGAGAAACGGGUAUCACCUGAUCAGAAGGGCAAAUUUUUAGCCUUCAAAGCAAAAUCAGUUAGUUAUUUGCGGCGUGUUGAAGAAAAUCCAUCUGAACCUCCAAAAAUAAAUUGGGCAGAGUACCAGAAAUUAGUACCAGUUAAGGGACUAGUUGAUAAAUUGAAGUCACAGUACGACGCAUUCAAGGUGCCAGUACCCGAAGACACACUUUCUAAUUCUGUGGAUGAGCAAUGGAAGUCACUGGAGCCAGAAAUUAAAGAUUUUUGUGCUGAACUACAAAAACAGAUUGAAGGAGCAAAUAAGGAAUUAGCAAGAAUUAAAGCGUUACCGAAAUUUGAAGAUAUGACCAUGGAAAUGUAUGCCGAAAUAUUUCCUGAUCAGGCUUUGGAUCCAAUAAAUCGGCCGACUUUUUGGCCUCAUGACCCAGAAGACCAAAUUGGUUACAAACCACUCCCAAAAAAACAAGAGCAGAUCGCGAAAGGGAAUAAAUGAAUCUGUUAUAUUAUGGGAAAAAAAUUUAAGUAAAGUUUGACCGCUGAUAAUAAAUCCUUGUUAUAAUGUUAUAAGUAUCAUAGCACAUAUAAAAUAAUACUACAUAAUAAUUUAUCAUGAAAAUUAUACCAUAGGAAUUAAUUGACGAGCUUUUUGGGAUACGAGUUUCAGCCAUAAUAUAAGCUUUAUAAGCAUUUUCUAUAUUAGACUAUUAUAACUACAGUAAUCAACAGUUUUCUUCUUGCACUGGUACAUAUAUUUUAAAGAUGUCUGGAAAGUGUUUAUUGCGAUAGCUAAGUUUCCAGAAUACAAAACAUAGGUUUUAUAGAUUAAAAUAAAACUUCACACUGCUACUGAAACAACAGACUGAAUGUUAUUGAUUGAAGAUUAGGAGGU